GGAGCGGGGGAGCGCUUUGUCGGUUGCUCCAGCUGUCAGCAGCAUCGGCCUCCAGCAGAGCCGAGCUUGCGCAGGGCCGGCGCUGCCAGGCGGGAAGGAUGGCUCCGGGGUCCGGGCUGAGGAGGAAGGGGGCAGCGGGGCCGGGGCUCCUAGGCAGGCUGCCCUUCCUGCGCCAGAGCUUACGCCGGGCCUGGCAGGACAAGCGCCUGUUCCUCUUGGAGCCCCAGUACACCCCGCUGGUGGCCGCCUGCCUCUGCCUGGCUGAAGUGGGCAUCAAUCACUGGGUCAUACGCAGGGUGGCAUACACAGAGAUUGACUGGAAAGCCUACAUGGAUGAGGUGGAGGGCGUUGUCAAUGGGACUCUGGAUUACACCCAGCUGGAGGGGGACACAGGCCCUCUUGUGUAUCCCGCCGGCUUUGUGUAUAUCUUCUUGGGCCUGUAUUAUGCAACCAGCCGUGGCACCAACAUCCACUUGGCCCAGUAUCUUUUUGCCGCCCUUUAUCUUGCCACCCUGCUGCUUGUUUUCCGCAUCUACUGCCGAACCAAUAAGGUUCCUCCCUACGUUUUCUUCUUCAUGUGCUGCGCCUCCUAUCGCAUCCACUCCAUCUUCGUCCUGCGCCUCUUUAACGAUCCGGUUGCCAUGGCGAUCCUUUUCCUGGCUGUCAACCUCUUCCUGGAGGAGCGCUGGUCCUGGGGCUGCUUCUGCUUCAGCCUGGCUGUCUCCGUGAAAAUGAAUAUCCUCCUCUUUGCACCGGGUCUCCUUUUCCUCCUCCUCUGGCGCUUUGGACUGCUGGGUGCCAUUCCAAAGCUCGCUAUCUGUGCAACCCUGCAGGUUGCUCUUGGGUUGCCCUUCCUGGUGGUGAACCCCGUUGGAUACUUGUCCCGCUCCUUUGAUCUGGGCCGUCAUUUCCUCUUCAAGUGGACGGUGAAUUGGCGGUUCUUGCCAGAAGAGGUUUUCCAGCACCGGGCAUUCCACCUGGCAUUGCUGAUUGCCCACUUGACUGUCCUGGGGCUCUUUGCAAGGCACAGGUGGCACAGGUCUGAUGAAAGCAUCCUGUCAUUGCUGAAGGAUCCAGCUGAAAGGAAGAACUCUCCACAGCCCCUCUCAGCCAAUCAGGUAGUCUUUGUGCUGUUCACUUCCAACUUCAUUGGCAUUAGCUUCAGCCGCUCCUUGCACUACCAGUUCUACGUCUGGUAUUUCCACACUCUGCCCUACUUGCUGUGGUGCACACCACCCAAGAAUCUUGCCCACCUGCUAAAGGUGCUUAUCUUAGGCUUGAUCGAACUUUCUUGGAAUACAUAUCCCUCGACGGUUUACAGCUCAGCCACCCUCCACGUGUGUCAUGGCAUCAUCCUUCUGCAGCUCUGGCACGGGACGGUGCCCUCCUCAACCCCACAGGAAGAAAAACAGCCUUUGAAAAAGGCAGAGUAAGAACUGGACAAGAAGAGCCUCUCACAGUGAGAGCCAAAACGAGGUCGUUCAGAUGUGGAUGCUGCUCUGGGAGAGCCGCUGAUGGGUGCAGGCACUACCUUCUGGCCCCAAAGAGUCUGCCUUGAUCUUGCCAGGGGAGGAGGUGGAUGGGAGAGAGUACAGUCCACAUACCUGGCAGUGGUAAUGUGGAACACCUUCAAUAAAAGCAGCCAGGGCUUGGCACAAGGCC